GCUUCUAUACUAAGAAUUCCACAUCCCACCUGUUGCUUUAUGAUCAGCAUUGUUCGCUGGACAAGCAUUUAAUUGCAAUGACAUUCUAAGAGGUCCUAGAGAUUUAAUGUACGUGCUAAUCCCUUAAUAAUAUUAAUGUACUUCUUCAAACUCAAAUCAGUUAACUUUGGUGAUUUUCUCCUUUUAUCGGAACUUAUCCUUGCAAAUCAGUGUUCUGCUAACCCUUUUUCCAGCUCACUAGUAAUGAGAUUGUUAAUGGAAAAUGAAGUACACCUACUGGGCACAGCUGAUAACUAAAGGGAAGGGCGACCCUGUAGGUUGCAACCAUUACUGGGCUAUGCCUAUUACAGGCACGACCAAUCCAAUGGAGUGCUGAAGAAGCCCUGCCCCCAGACUUAUAAACACAAGAAUGUGGGUUAUGACUUCAGAUCCCAGCAAGAGCUCCCCCCACAGACAGAGAAAGAAGUGUACCACAAAGUAGAAGACCUGGACCAAAUCGAGGUUAAGAAACAAGGACCAGAUAAGAUGAAAAAAUCUGAAAACAGAGUUUAGUGCCAAACUACGCAACUGUGGAAAAGGAAAAUGUGUAUACAAGGCAACACUGAAAACCAAGGGCAAUGAAUGCGACUUGAAAAAAAUAAAAAAUAGGAUCAGACAUUGCUUGGGAGCAUCUAAGUGAUACAUCGAGGAAGACUGCUGUCGAUCAAAUAAUUUAAAACAGAAACCUCUUUCAAGACUCCAAUUCCAACCCCACCAAAGUAUAAAGAGUCAUCUGGUCUCUUAACAGUACCAUAAGCAUCACCCAAAGAGUUACUGUUUCCUUAACCCCUGGAUGCUUGCUUGAAGAUCAAGCUAAGACAAGAUACGGGUGGGCACGUCAAGGGUCUUACUAGUAGAAAAUGGUACUGCAGAUCAGGACAGAUCGGGAUGAAGAUACAAACAGCAGGUCACCAAAAUGCACCCUACUUACACCGUGCUCUCAUCGACUGGUGACAAAGGAUGGACACAGCCUGGUUAAAGCUGCAAGCAUGCCUGGGCAGGGUCUGACAUAUCUCCGUGAUAUUUGGGGGUUGCUACUGGACAUGCGCUGGCGCUGGAUGAUGCUGGCCUUUUCUGCAUCUUUCCUGGCACACUGGCUCCUGUUUGCAGUUUUCUGGUAUCUGCUGGCUGAGAUGAAUGGGGAUCUGGCAGUGGAUCAUGAUGCACCUCCAGAGAACCACACCAUUUGUGUCAAGUACAUAACAAGCUUCACCGCUGCCUUUUCAUUCUCACUGGAGACACAGCUCACCAUUGGAUAUGGCACUAUGUUUCCCAGUGGUGACUGCCCAAGUGCCAUUGCUCUAUUAGCAAUACAGAUGCUUCUUGGGCUCAUGUUGGAGGCCUUCAUUACAGGUGUUUUUGUGGCAAAGAUUUCAAGGCCAAAAAACCGGUCCCCUUCAAUUAGAUUCUCAAGGCUGGCUGUGGUGGGCAGCCCUGAAGGAAAACCUUGUCUAAUGUUUCAAGUUGCCAACACACGCUCAAGUCCUUUAACAAUGGUGAAGGUCAGUGGGAUCCUAUACCAGGAGAGAGGCGAUGGGCAAAUUCAACAGACCAAUGUGGAUUUUUCACUGGACAGUCAAGCUAGUGGAUCGGAGUGCCCAUUCUUCUCGUUUCCCCUUACUUACAGCCACAGCUUAUGUUCUGGAAGUCCACUGGCAGUCAUACUACAGAGAGAAUUAUUAUCCUCUGCAGGUCACUUGGAACUUGUGGUCUGUCUGUCAGCUACUCAGGAAAGCUCAGGAGAAAUCUGUCAGUGCCGUACUUCCUACAUACCUAGCGAAAUUCUCCAAGGUCACCGGUUUGCCCCAUGCCUAACACGCCAGCUUGAAGGAGGAUACCGUAUAUGCAUGGAAUCCUUUGGUCGACCCCUAGCAGAGCUUCCACAGCCUUCACACAGACAACCGUACAGAACUGAUCUGGAGGUUUGUGCCAAUGGGCAGAGAGGGAGUACCUUCCAAAUCUGUGAGACUGGUCUUGGGGAGUAACUGCUUGCAACCACAUCAUGGUCCUUACCCUUCCAGCCAUCCUUAACCUAACAGCCAUGCUGAGCCUUUAUCAAAGGAACAGGCGUGGUGUUCAUAAGGUUCCUAAGAUUGUUCUGUGAUAGCUUAACUACUGUACACUAUGGACGGAUUCCCCUUUGACACAGAAGGGGCCUGAAGGGCUUUGCCCAACACAGAACUAUAAUGACUCAGUGGUGAGCAAGCACUUCAGAGAAGUGAAAGUACGUGUAUGAGGCAAAGCUGUGUGCUAUUUCAUGAACACUCAUAUUUUUAUGUAAAUACAUAAAAAUGUGCUCUAAAAGUGCAAAUGAUACAAUGUACGCUACAGGAAAACUAAGCCUUAUAACUACUAAAGUUUGAUCAAAUUUUCCUUCAGCUAUUUCUCUGAGUGCAUUUGUAUUGCAAACAAAUAUUAAGGUACAUAAUGUGUAAAAUGGUUAACACUUGCUUAGUCCAUAAAAGUGUAAAACUAUAUAUUUACAUUAAUAUAAAUGCACACAUACAUCAUUACUGGCACUUGUUUGACGAACAUAAAGGAAUGCAGUUAUCACAGAGACAUAUGCAUAAUUGACACACAUAAGCCAAUGGCAAGGCUGAAUAACAAAACAUGUGGUCAGUUAAUGAACCCGACUUAACUCUUAGCAGAAUCCCUGUACUAACAUUUGGCAACCCUAGCUAACAGAAUGCUCAGGCAAAGUCCAAAGAGAGAGAAGCUGUCCAGAUCAGGAGAGAGCAAAGGGACUGCACAGAGACUGACAGCGCAAUAUCCCCACUAUCUGCUUAUGACAAUUAUCCUGAAUAAAACAUGGGCUUCUAGUAA